CUUCGCGUCCGCGCACACGCUAAUGUCUGGCGCCCUCCACGCAUGUGCCGCGAUGUGCAGAUGUCCGACGAAGACAGCGACAGCGAAAUCCACAGCCCAGAGCAAGGGGACUUCGGACAUGAACAAGCAGGAGGAGGAAAAGAGGGCGCAAAAGAGGGUGUAGUCGCCGCUCGCUCCUCGCCAGACAGCGAAUACGACGCCGGUGGCGAAAAGCGCUCUAUCGCUUACUCUAUCUUCCAGGCCUGCACAGACUAUCGCCAAAACAUCGUCAACCAGGCCGACGCGUACUCGUUCCAGGCGACCUUGCUUGCUGUGGGCGGGACGAUCUGCUGUCUCUUGCUGUCCGUCGCCAUCGUUUUUGCCAUCAUCUCCAGCAUGCGGGACGGCAGCAAAAGCAACAGUGACGGUGCGCGAAGCCACCCCGUUCCUCUUACCUUGAGAACGUGGCAACCCUUUCACGAUACACGAAACCUUCUGAGCAAAGCUUGGUUACAGCUGCAACUAAUCUAUAACCUAUAACUAAGCUGAGUUUCAGCUUAGCUUGGGUGCACGCUGCGGUGGUCUAAUUGUUAUAGUCGUUUGCUGCUGCAGCGCA